AUGGGAUCCCUGUGGAGCUGGUGGGCCCUCUGGGCUGGAGCAACCCUCCUGUGGGGGUUGACCCAGGAGGCCACAGUGGACUCCAGAAACACUGGUGGGGAGGAAUUCCUCACGGCCUUCCUGCAGAAUUACCAGCCCGGGCACAGCAAGGCCUAUCUCUGCCUCUUCAUCUCCAGUCUGUCAGAGAGCACCACCUCUGUCUCCAUCCUCAGCCAGGCCGACGACACCUCACAGAAGGUCACAGUGAAGCCCGGGGAGUCGGUCAUGGUCAACAUCAGUGCCAAGGCAGAGAUGACCGGUAGUGGCACUUUCCGGCGUGCCGUAGUGGUCCACGCCGACCACCCCAUCUCUGUGCAGGCUUUAAAUGCCAAGCCCAGAACAGCAGAGCUAACGCUGCUCUGGCCUGUUGGAGCCCUGGGCACAGAGUACUUCGUGCUCACACCCCCUGGCAUCUCUGCCCAGCAUGCAAAGGAAUUUGCUGUGGUGGCUGGCAGGGCAAGUGCCUCAGUUACUAUCAGCUUGAAGGCAGCAGUGACUUUCCAGGGCACUUUCCAUCCAGCUGGCAGUGUCUUAAGUGUGACUCUGCAGCCUUAUGAAGUAGCCCAGUUCCAGAGCACAGCAGAUCUCUCCGGGUCAAGGGUCACAGCCAGCAGCCCAGUGGCUGUUCUUUCUGGCCACAGUUGUGCCUACAAGCACACAAACUGCAACCAUUUGGUGGAGCAACUGCUACCCACAUCUGCUUGGGGAACCCGCUAUGUAGUCCCCCCGCUGGCCUCCCAGUCCCGCUAUGAUCUGGCCUAUGUUGUGGCCAGCCAGACCACAAAGCUGACCUACAACCAUGGGGGCAUCAUCGGUUCUCGCGGUCUCCAUAUGGGUGAUGUGAUUGAGUUCGAGGUCCGGCCAACCCGGCCACUCUACCUAUCUGCAGAUGUGGGCAUCCAGGUGGUGCUGUUUGGCACAGGGGCCACAAAGGGCCAAGUUACGUACGACCCUUACCUGGUCCUGAUCCCGGAUGUGGCAGCCUACUGUCCUGCCUAUGUGAUCAAGACUAUGCCAGGCGCUGAUGGCGUGGCCCUGCUGGUUGCGCCGACAAAGGCCACCAGCGAGCUAACCGUGGAUGGGCAGGCACUGGGAGAGAAACUCACCUGGGUGCCUGUGCCAGGCAGUGAGUUCUCCUAUGCAGAAGUGGACCUUGGCACUGCUGACAAGGUGCACACAGCCGGGGCUUCCACCAGCUUUGGACUGCUCGCUUUCGGGCUGGCCCAGGCUGCGGGCUAUGGGACAGCAGCUGCCUGUGGCCAGGCCCGGCUCGCCCCAGCGCAGGCUUCCUGCCACGGCGUUCAGUGCUCACCUGGCCAGCGCUGCCAGAUGGUGAGUGGCAAGGCCAGGUGUGUGGCAGAGUCCACAGCUGUCUGCCGCGCCCACGGCGAUCCCCACUACACCACCUUCGACGGCCGUCGCUACGACAUGAUGGGCACCUGCUCCUACACCAUGGCCGAGCUGUGUGGGCAGGAUGAGACCCUGCCGGCCUUCAGUGUGGAGGCCAAGAAUGAGCACCGGGGCAGCCGUCAAGUCUCCUAUGUGGGCUUGGUCACCGUCUACGCCUACAGCCACUCUGUGUCACUGGUUCGUGGGGAAACUGGUUUCGUCCGGAUUGACAAUCAGCGCUCCCGCCUGCCUGCAUCCCUGAGUGAGGGCCGCCUGCGUGUAUUCCAGAGUGGGAUACAGGGCGUGAUAGAGCUGGACUUUGGGCUGGUGGUCACCUAUGACUGGGAUGGCCAGCUGACGCUGAGCCUGCCCAAGCGCUUCCAGGACCAGGUGUGCGGGCUGUGUGGCAACUAUAACGGAGAUCCUGCUGAUGACUUCCUCACGCCCGACUGGGACCAGGCUCCUGAUGCCUUGGAAUUUGCAAAUAGCUGGAAGCUGGAGGAUGGGGACGACCUGUGUGGUGACGGCUGCCACAGCGCUUGUCCCUCCUGCACCGCAGGCCAGGUCCAGCACUAUAAGGGAGACCGCCUCUGUGGCAUGCUAACUCUGUCCACAGGCCCCUUCUCUGCCUGCCAUGAGUUCCUGGACCCUCAGCCUUUCCUAGAGGAGUGUGUGUUUGACCUGUGUGUGACUGGAGGAGAGCGGCUCAGCCUGUGCCGGAGCCUUAGCUCCUAUGCCCAGGCCUGUAUGGAACUGGGUGUCUCUCUUGGAAACUGGAGGUCACAGGCCAGCUGCCCCCUGUCCUGUCCAGCCAACAGCUGCUAUGAUCCUUGCAGCCCCGCCUGCCCAGCCUCCUGCAACGCAGAGGCCGCGCCAAGCAACUGCUCUGGGCGCCCUUGCGUGGAGGGCUGCGUGUGCCUUCCGGGCUUUGUGGCCAGUGGCGGUGAUUGCGUGCCUGUGUCGACGUGCGGCUGCACUUUCGAGGGCCGCCUGCUGGCCCCGGGUCAGGAAGUGUUCGCCGACGACCUAUGCAAGCGGCGCUGCACGUGUGAUGGAGCCACCCAGAAGGUGACCUGCCGGGACACAUCAGGGUGCCUUUCUGGGGAGCGCUGCCAUGUGCAGAAUGGCCUCCUGGGGUGCUACCCAGACAACUUUGCCAGCUGCCAGGCAUCAGGAGACCCGCACUACGUGAGCUUUGAUGGAAGGCGCUUUGACUUUAUGGGUACCUGCACAUACCUGCUGGUGGGCUCAUGCGGUCAGGACGACUCGCUGCCCACCUUUAAGGUGCUGGUGGAAAAUGAACACCGAGGCAGCCAGACCGUGAGCUACACGAGGGCUGUGCGAGUGGUGGCCCAUGGUGUGGAGGUGGCUGUGCGGAGGGAGCAUCCUGGAAAGGUGCUGGUGGACGGCAUCUUUCAGCACCUGCCCUUCCAGGCGGCAGGUGGGCAGGUUCAGGUGUUCCGCCAGGGCAAUGAUGCUGUCGUGCGCACGGACUUUGGCUUGACUGUUACCUACAACUGGGAUGCCCGUGUGACCGCCAAGGUGCCCAGCAGCUACGCUAACGCUGUGUGUGGGCUCUGUGGGAACUUCAAUGGGGACCCAGCCGAUGACCUGGCUCUGAAGGGUGGAGGCCAAGCUAGCAGCGCACUGGAUUUUGGGAACAGCUGGCAGGAAGAGAUAAUUCCUGGAUGUGGAGCAACUAAUCCUGGUGACUGUCCCCAACUGGACUCCCUUGUGACCCAGCAACUACAAAGCAAAAAAGAAUGUGGGAUCCUUGCUGAUCCUGAGGGUCCAUUCCGGGAGUGUCACAAGUUGCUGAACCCCCAGGGAGCUGUACGUGACUGUGUCUAUGACCUCUGCUUGCUGCCCGGUCAGUCUGGGCCGCUGUGUGAUGCCUUGGCUACAUAUGCUGCUGCGUGCCAGGCUGCUGGCGGCACCGUGCAUCCCUGGAGGAGUGAGAAACUCUGCCCGCUGACCUGCCCCCCACACAGCCACUAUGAGCUGUGUUCCUAUGGGUGCCCACUGUCCUGCGGAGACCUGCCAGUGUCUGGAGGCUGCGGCUCACAAUGUCAAGAGAGCUGUGUCUGUGACGAGGGCUUUGCCCUCAGUGGUGACGCCUGUGUGCCCCUGGCCUCCUGUGGCUGCAUACACCAGGGCACCUACUACCCACCAGGAGAGAACUUUUAUCCUGGACCUGGCUGUGAUUCUCUUUGCCACUGCCAGGAGGGUGGCCUGGUUUCCUGCGAGCCCUCGUCCUGCGGCCCACACGAGGCCUGCCAACCGUCUAAUGGAGUCCUGGGCUGUGUGGCUGUGGGCACUACCACCUGCCAGGCGUCAGGAGACCCUCAUUACACCUCCUUUGACGGCCGCCGCUUCGACUUCAUGGGCACCUGUGUGUAUGUGCUGGCUCAAACCUGCGGGACCCGGCCCGGCCUGCACCAGUUCACUGUCCUGCAGGAGAACGUGGCCUGGGGUAAUGGGAAAGUCAGUGUGACUAAGGCGAUCACUGUCCUGGUGGCCAACUACACUCUGCGACUGGAGCAGAAUCAGUGGAAGGUCAAGGUGAACGGUGUGGACAUGAAGCUGCCAGUGGUGCUUGAUGGAGGCAAGAUUCGUGUCUCCCAGCAUGGGUCUGAUGUUGUGAUUGAAACUGAUUUUGGGUUGCGUGUGACCUUUGACCUCAUGUACCAUGUGCGGGUCACCAUCCCAGGCAACUACUAUCAGCAGAUGUGUGGUCUGUGUGGAGACUACAAUGGGGACCCCAAGGAUGACUUUCAGAAGCCCGAUGGCUCACAGGCAGCCAACCCCAGUGAGUUUGGAAACUCCUGGGAGGAAGCUGUGCCCGACUCUCCCUGUGCGCCAGAGCCUCCGUGCCCAGGAGACAACUGUGGCACCGAGUGCAGCCCUGAGCUGGAGGACAAGUAUCACGGGGAGCAGUUCUGUGGGCUGCUCACCAGCCCCACGGGGCCACUGGCUGACUGCCACCAGCGGCUGGACCCCCAGGGUCCCUUGCAAGACUGUGUGUUUGAUCUCUGCCUGGGUGGCGGGAACCUGAGCAUUCUCUGCGACAACAUCCACGCCUACGUGAGCGCCUGCCAGGCAGCUGGGGGGAAAGUGGAGCCCUGGAGGACCGAGACUUUCUGUCCGAUGGAGUGCCCCCCUCACAGCCACUAUGAGAUCUGCGCAGACACUUGCUCCCUGGGCUGCUGGGCUCUCAGCACACCCCAGAAGUGCCCAGAAGGGUGCGCUGAGGGCUGUGAAUGUGACCCUGGCUUCCUGUACAAUGGCAAAGCCUGCGUGCCCAUGCAGGAAUGUGGCUGCUACCACAAUGGGGUCUACUAUGAGCCGGAGGAGUCAGUGCUCAUUGAAAAUUGCCAGCAGCAUUGUGUGUGCCACGCAGGCAAAGGCAUGGUGUGCCAGGAUCACAGCUGCAAGCCAGGACAGGUGUGCGAGCCCUCAGGAGGCGUCCUGACCUGCGUCACCAAAGAUCCAUGCCACGGUAUCACCUGCCGGCCACAGGAGACCUGCAAAGUGCAGGACGGUCACGGCGUGUGUGUGCCCAACUAUAACUCCACGUGCUGGCUGUGGGGUGACCCUCACUACCAAUCCUUUGACGGCUGGAGCUUUGACUUCCAGGGCACCUGCAGCUACCUGCUGGCAGGAACCAUCUGUCCUGGGGUCAGUGCUGAGGGUUUGACUCCCUUCACUGUCACAACCAAGAAUGAGAACCGAGGCAACCCUGCCGUGUCCUAUGUGAGACUGGUCACUGUGACCACCCUCGGCAACAACAUCUCCAUCCACAAGAAUGAGAUUGGCAAAGUCCGGGUGAAUGGAGUCCUCACAGCCUUGCCUGUCCACUUGGCUGGUGGGAGGAUUUCAGUGGUUCACGGAGGCUCAAAGGCUGUGGUGCAGACUGACUUCGGGCUUCAGGUCACUUAUGACUGGAACUGGAGAGUAGAGGUCACACUGCCCAGUAGCUACCAUGGUGCAGUGUGUGGGCUCUGUGGAAACAUGGACAAAAACCCCAAAAAUGACCAAGUCUUCCCUAAUGGCACUUUGGCACCCUCAAUACCCACCUGGGGCGGCAGCUGGCAGGUUCCAGGGUGGGACCCUCUUUGUUGGAAUGAAUGUCAGGGGUCCUGUCCAAUGUGCCCAGAGGACCGAGUGGAGGAAUAUGAGGGUCCUGGCUUCUGUGGCCCUCUGGCUCCUGGCUCAGUGGGCCCCUUUGCCAAGUGCCAUGCCCAUGUGCCUCCUGAAAGCUUCUUCAAGGGCUGUGUGCUGGAUGUCUGCCUGGGUGGUGCCAACAAAGACAUACUGUGCCAAGCACUGGCCGCCUAUGCUGCUGCAUGCCAGGCUGCAGGCAUCAAGAUCGAGGACUGGAGGACUCAGGCUGGUUGUGAGAUCUCCUGCCCUGACAACAGCCACUAUGAGCUCUGUGGCCCACCAUGCCCAGCCGUCUGCCCACCGCCAGCACGCCACACAACCCCAGCUGUCUGUAACGGGCCCUGUGUGGAGGGGUGCCAGUGUGACCAGGGCUUUGUCUUGAGUGCUGGGCGGUGUGUUCCCCUGGAUGGCGGCUGUGGCUGCUGGGUCAACGGCACAUACCAUGAAGCAGGCACCGAGUUUUGGACUGAUGCCACUUGCUCUGAGAGGUGUCACUGUGGACCUGGAGGUAACUCCUUGGUCUGCAAGCCUGCCAGCUGUGGGCUGGGUGAGGAGUGUGCCUUGCUGCCCUCUGGCCAGCUAGGCUGCCAACCUACAAGUACAGUUGAGUGCCAAGCCUGGGGUGAUCCACAUUACACCACCCUAGAUGGGUACAAGUUUGACUUCCAAGGCACCUGUGAGUACCUGCUGAGCGCCCCCUGCCAUGCAGCACCUGAGGGGACCGAAUUCUUCAAAGUCACUGUGGUUAAUGAGCACAGGGGCAGCCAGGCUGUCAGCUACACCCGAAGUGUCACUCUGCAGAUCUAUGGCCUCAACCUGACCGUCAGUGCCCACUGGCCAGGGAGGAUACAGGUGAACGGAGAGUUCGUUUCUCUGCCCUUCCGCAUGGACCAGCGGCUGAGCAUUUACCUAAGUGGAGCAGAUGUGGUGGUGAACACUGCCUCAGGCAUCUCCCUGGCUUUUGACGGACACAGUUUCGUGCGCCUGCGCGUGCCUGCUGCCUAUGCGGGCUCCCUCUGUGGCCUGUGUGGGAACUACAACAAAAAUCCCAGCGAUGACCUGGCAGCGGUGGAUGGGAAACCUGAGGGCUGGAAGGUGGGCGGAACCCCAGGCUGUGACCAGUGCCAGCCUGGACCUUGCCCGACGCCCUGCACACCUGAGCAACAGGAGCCCUUCCGAGGCCCCGACGCCUGCGGCAUAAUCUCCGCCCCCGAAGGCCCACUAGCACCCUGCCACCACCUCGUGCCCCCCACGCAGUACCUGGAGGCCUGCUUGCUGGAUGCCUGUCAGGUUCAGGGCCACCCAGGAGGCCUCUGUCCUGCCGUGGCCACCUAUGUGGCAGCUUGUCAGGCUGCAGGGGCCCAGCUUGGAGAGUGGAGGAAGCCAGACUUCUGUCCACUCCAGUGUCCUGCCAACAGUCAUUACCAGCUCUGUGGUGACUCCUGCCCUGUGAGUUGCCCGUCCCUGUCAGCCCCCGAGGGCUGUGAAACCGCCUGCCGUGAAGGCUGCGUCUGUGACUCUGGCUUUGUGCUCAGUGGUGAUGCCUGUGUGCCAGUGGGCCAGUGCGGCUGCCUUUACAGUGGCCGUUACUACCAGCUCGGCGCCACCUUCUACCCAGGCCCUGAGUGUGAGCGGCGCUGUGAGUGUGGGCCAGGUGGCGAGGUCAGCUGCCAGGAAGGUGCAGACUGUGAACCCUAUGAGGAGUGCCGGAUAGAGAAUGGCAUUCAGGCCUGCCAUCCCUCUGGCUGUGGCCACUGCCUGGCCAAUGGAGGCAUUCAUUACGUCACCCUUGAUGGACGGGUGUAUGACCUUCAUGGCUCCUGCUCCUAUGUUUUGGCCAGAGUCUGUCACCCAAAACCUGGUGACGAGGAGUUCUCCAUCGUGCUCGAGAAGAACUUGGCUGGUGACCCCCAGCGGGUGGUGGUUACUGUGGAAGGCCAGGUUGUGGCCCUGGCUCGAGGGCCACAGGUGACCGUGGAUGGUGAAGUCGUGGCCCUGCCUGUAGCUAUAGGCCAUGUGACUGUGACUGCUGAAGGCCGGAACAUGGUGCUGCAGACAAAGAAGGGGGUGAAGGUCCUCUUUGAUGGCGAUGCCCAUAUCCUCAUGUCCAUCCCUAGUCCCUUCCGUGGACGUAUCUGUGGCCUCUGUGGGAACUUCAAUGGCAACUGGAGUGAUGACUUUGUGCUCCCCAGUGGGGCAGCGGCCCCCAGCGUGGAAGCCUUUGGAACUGCAUGGCGAGCUCCCGGCUCCUCCCUGGGCUGUGGUGAAGGCUGUGGGCCCCAAGGCUGCCCUGUGUGCUUGGCAGAGGAGACAGAAGCAUAUGAGACAAAAAAUGCCUGUGGGAAGAUCCGGGACCCCCAAGGCCCCUUUGCAGCCUGCCACCAGGUUCUGAGUCCCUUGGAAUACUUCCGCCAAUGUGUGUAUGACCUGUGUGCCCAUAAGUGUGAACCCUAUCUCUGCCGUAGCCUGGCAGCUUACACUGCAGCCUGUCAGGCAGCUGGUGCAACAGUGAAGCCCUGGAGGACAGACAGCUUCUGCCCUCUGCAGUGCCCUGCCCACAGCCACUACUCUGUGUGCACACGCUCCUGCCAGGGCUCCUGUGCUGCUCUCUCUGGCCUCACUGGCUGCACCACUCGCUGCUUUGAAGGCUGUGAGUGUGACGACCACUUCCUGCUCUCCCAGGGCAAGUGCAUUCCUGCCCGCGACUGUGGCUGCACCCACAAUGGCCAGUACAUGCCGGUGAACUCCUCACUGAUGAACUCAGACUGCAGUGAGCGCUGUUGCUGCUCCCCGAGUACCGGCCUGACAUGCUAUGCAGCUGGCUGCACAUCUGGCCAAGUCUGUGAGAUCCAAGCAGGAGUCCGGGAUUGUCGGCCAGCCAAAGGUCUCUGCUCCCUCUCUGUGGGCGCCAACCUCACUACCUUCGAUGGAGCUCGCAAUGCCAUCAGCUCCCCUGGGGUCUACGAGCUCUCUUCCCGCUGCCCAGGACUCCACAUGGAUGUGCCCUGGUACCGUGUGGUUGCUGAUGUCAAGCCUUGCCAUGGCAAUGACAAGGUCGUGGGAGAGGUCCACAUCUUCUUCCAGGAUGGGAUAAUAACUGUGACCCCAGGCAACGGCGUGUGGGUGAACGGUCUCCGAGUGGACCUCCCAGCUAAGGUGUUGACAUCUGUGUCUGUGAGGAGGCUGCCCGAUGGAUCCAUGCUUGUCAGACAGAAUGCUGGGGUCCAGGUGUGGCUUGGAAAAGAUGGGCACCUGGACGUGAUGGUCAGUGAGAACCAUGCAGCCAAGCUGUGUGGGGCCUGUGGAAACUUUGAUGGGGAACAGAUCAAUGACGUGCAAGACUCUCAGGGCCAGAAGAUUUCAGUGGAGAAGUGGACAGCACAGGACUUCUCCUCAUGCUCCAGCUGAUCAGUCAUGACUGGCAAUGAAGAUGCCCACACCUGCGCCCUCCCAGAAGUCACCGUGAUUGAAGGACGCCCUGGGUGUCCCUCCCCUGUUCCUCCCCUCCGCUGAGCCACUCAGGCCAAAUCUGAGUAAAUAUCGAGACCCAAGUUGCA